GGGCAGAAUGACUGUAGUUGGUCUCCUAUGUGAACAUUGAAGACUUGUAGAUCCACCCUUAAAAAGUGAAAUGCAAUAGAACUUUUCAUUCUUCUGGAUUUAUGGUAUGAUAAAGAAUAGUUCAGAAACGCAGAAUAGAUUGGUAAUCGUGCUGUUGUACAAAUACAUCCAUUAGUAGCUCAGCUACGUGCAAAACUACAUUUAGGCUGAAGUAAAAUUUUGGAUGCAUCUUUAUCACAGUUCAACAUAUACAGAGAGUUCAUUAAUAAAUUUCAAGUAGACCAAGGAAACGCGUAUAGUAUGUGUGGGUUCAUUAAUGGAAAUGCAGAUACUCUUAGUGAACUGAUUUCUUGUUGAUGCAGCCUGUGGUACAUUAAAAAAGAUAGAUACUUCUCGAGCUUUUAUCAAGCACAUUUACUCGUAGAAGAAAACUGACUCCUAUAUCUUUUAGAAGAAAUCCAUGGAGACAUAGAUUAGUGUUGAGAGGUUUUUGUAAAUAUAAUAUGUGAAGCAACAAAAUGUAAUUGCAAAUGAGUUGUUUUAUAGUUUCAGUCUGUGAAGGAAAUACAGAAAAAUUAACACGUGUUUCUUUCCAUCAUUGUCACGAUCAUCAAUCAUUCAAUUAUUCCUGUCUACCACUAGUUCACUUAAUACAAAUUCUUAAGCCACUGUUACAGGACCUCCUUGUUGCUGUUGGGAAGUUGAACUCGUGCCUGGGAACAAAAAGGACAAUGCCAGAUACCUUCAUCCAGCAAGAUGAAAUUGAUAUGCUUGGAUUAGGUCAUAAAGCAAAAUCUUAUCUAGUGCUGCUCAUAAAGAUGAACCAGUUAAGAGUUGAGACCAUUAAUGGCACAAUGUGCUACAGAGUUUUAUGACCCGAUUAUGGAGGAAUUCAGAUUUGUUUGAUCUGCAAUGCAACCAAUUUUCUUCUCUUCUGAUGCUAGUAUAAAGAAUACGGUGCAAAAAUUUUAGGAAAUACCACCUGUUUUCCAUAUUUUGAAGGCACCAGCUGAAUCAAAUAUGCUGAUCCCACUGCUUAUUAAUUUCCUUUUUAUUUUUUACCCCUGGGCGCAAAUGUAGGAUCAACCGCAAAAUCCCUUUUGUUGCCGCUCCUUGUUGCUUCAGUGAUAAAAAUGGACUCAUAAAGGUUCUCCAAUUUGUAUCGGCUUUCAAUAUUUGAUGGUUUUAAUUCUCUUUGCUCUUA